ACGUCUUCGUCUAGUCGUCCGUAGUGCCAGGAGAGAGAUCGAUCGAUCGAACAAUGGAGGCCUCGGAGGCGAGCUGGCACUCGUUCGACCCGUCGGUGGCCGCGGAGGACUCCGAGGAGAUGGCGCGGCUGCUCGGGGUACAGUUCUUCGGCAACGACCAGAAGCAGCAUCCGGCCGCGGCGCCGCCGUCGUCCAUGUACUGGCCUGGCCAGGAGGCUGCCGACCAGUACUACACCUCGGCGCCGUACUGCAUGCAGAUGCAGGAUCACGCCUCGGCCGGAGCGGGUUACUACAGCCACGGCUACUACGACGGCGAUGCCACUGCCAUGGCCGGUAACUUCUUCGUGGCGCCGGAGGAGCAGAUCAUGGCCGAUCCGGCUGGAUUCAUGGUCGAUCUGAACCUCCAGUUCGACGACCAGGACGACGGCGCCGGCACGUCGGCGGCGGCGUGCAAGAGGAAGUUCGGCGACCAGAACGGCACUCAGAGCGACGCGGUCACCGCCCCGAAGAAGAAGGCGCGCUCCACGGCACCACCGGUGCAGAGGAAGGGCAAGAGCAGCGCGCAGCCCAAGAAGGCUUCGAAGGGCUCGUGCAGCCGAGGCGCCCAGGAAGAGAGCAAUGGCGAGGCCACCAACAACGUGCAGAGCUCCAGCAACUACCUCUCCGACGAGGAGGGCUCGCUGGAGAUGACCUCCUGCAGCAACAUGAGCUCGGCGUCCAAGAAGACGUCGUCGUCGCGGGGUGACCACGGCGGCGGCGCCAAGGCGAGGGCCGGGCGCGGAGCGGCCACCGACCCGCAGAGCCUCUACGCCAGGCAGAAACGUAGAGAAAAGAUCAACGAGCGGCUGAAGGUGCUGCAGAACCUCAUCCCUAACGGAACCAAGGUGGACAUCAGCACGAUGCUGGAAGAAGCAGUUCACUACAUCAAGUUCAUGCAGCUCCAGAUCAAGCUUUUGAGCUCGGAUGACAUGUGGAUGUUCGCGCCGAUCGCCUACAACGGCUUCAACGUCGGCCUCGACCUCAAGAUCGCGCCGCCGCAGCAAUGAUCAGCUCUGGAGCCAACGAGGCUCGAGCAACUUUCUCGGCAGUUCAUAUGUGCAUUCGUGCACAAUGAUUCUUAAGUGUUUAGAUUAUUCCUUCUUGAAUUCAUUUCAGUCAUAAAUUACAGACAAACGGCAUAUAUAAUACAAAUUGAACGAUAUUUUACCUUAUUA